CGGCUACGCCGUAAAUACACGCGAGGUAGGCAAAAAUAUCAACACCCACAGUGCCAACUGCCGUUCAACUGAUAAACGUUAUCUCAAACAGGCGUGUAACGUAAACAUUUCAUAUUUUUAAAUAAUUUUUUCGAAAACUUCGUUUCGUAUUCGAAAUAAAAUACUGAAAUUUUCGCUUAUUUUCAACCGGUAAUGACAGCAGAUUCUCAAAUCUACGGUUUGGAAUUCCAGGCCAGAGCUCUUUCAGCUCAAGUAUCCGAAACAGAAAAAACAAAAUUCUACAUCGGCACUCAAUCGUUGAAACUAGCGAGUAAUCAAGUUCACUCCGUACAGCUGAACGAAGAAGACGAUAGUCUGAAAACUCAGGUUUUCAGGCACAAAGAUGGAGAAAUAUGGUCCAUAUCAUCGUCUACGAAAGAUGCGAAUUUAAUUUCAACUUGUUAUAAUACUGUCGACGAAUCAGACGGUAAUUUUGGUAUGAAAUCAACGUUGUGGAAGGUACCCGAAGAAGAUGAUAGCGAUUUAGAACGUUUGUGUGAUUUUGAUCUUAAAUCUCACGGUACAGAUAUCAAAAUAGCUGCUUUUCAUCCAAACGAUGGAUCUCAAAUAGCUACGGUCGUGGAUAACAAAGUAUUGAUAUGGAGUAUCGGAUCUGGCUUUGCUGAGCUCGCUAAUACGAUAUCAAUGGAAGCUAAAGGUCAUCCGAAAUUCACCACUGGUAAAUGGAAUCCACCUGUGAACGCUCAAUUUGCUACAGCUAACGAUUGCUCGGUUAAAGGUUGGGAUAUUCGUAGUUCAUCGAAACAUGCUUGGGUUAUAGAAAAUGCUCAUUUACAAUCAGUCAGAGAUCUAGACUUCAAUCCGAACCGUCACUAUUGCUUGGCCACCUGCGGAGACGAUGGCAGAUCUAGAUUUUGGGAUCUGAGAAACACCAGCCAACCUCUAAUAACUAGAAACGAUCAUUCUCAUUGGGUCUGGGCUAUUCGAUAUAAUCACUAUCACGAUGAACUAGUAGCUUCAGCCAGUAGCGAUACUAAAGUACUGAUAACUCGUAUUCAAUCCAUAUCUUCGUCUUCGGUGAUACCAGAAGAAGAAGGCAGUACUAAAGAUAAAUUAGCCGAUGGUGUAAUUGCUACUUUCGAUCAGCACGAAGAUUCGGUUUAUUGUGUCGAAUGGUCUUCUGCAGAUCCUUGGAUUUUGGCUUCGUUAAGUUACGAUGGACGGUUACUCAUUAACAGGGUUCCAAAAACGGAGAAAUAUAAGAUAUUAUUAUGAGAUUUGGACGACUGAAAUGUACGAGUUACGUUUCAAAGAGAUAUGGUUGUCGUUGCCGUACAAGAGGCAAAAUUAACUGUGAUACCGAAUUAUUUAUUUAUUUAUUUAUGAGUUGUACAUACUACGUUAUUACGAUGUAAACGCGUUCUGGAUUAUUUUCGUUCUAUUUCUUAGUACCCAAUUUUCGAUGAAAGUCGAAUAAAAUAAGUUUUACAAUAAUGAAUAAUGUUUUGUAAUCGUAUUAAAGGUUAGAGAGAAUUUUUUGAACA